CUCAGGCCUCCAGGAUGACAAUCCUUGCCUCCUGGCCCCGCCCUCCUCCUUGUCUGCUGCUGACUCUACUGCUGGGACUCACAGGAAUUGAAGCUUUUGCUCUGAGUGAAAAGGUUGCCAUUACAAGGUUUUGAGAAAGAUUUGACAUGAGCUGACAUGAAUUUUAAAUUAUUAUAGCAUUCGGUUGAGAACAGAUCACCACAGGACAUAGAGAGAAGCAACCGCAGCAUUUAGAGGCCAUUGCAUUUUUCAUGCAAACUACGAAAAGUGCCCUGCACCUGGACAGCAGUACAGACAGGGGAGUGGCAGGUGAGAAGGAGCUGCAGGUGAUUCAGCCUGAGAGGUCGGUGUCCGUCACAGCCGGAGAGACGGCCACUCUGCUCUGCACCGUGACCUCCAUGUACCCCGAGGGGCCCAUCCAGUGGAUCAAGGGGACAGGAUCGGACCAGCAGUCAAUCUACAGUUUCGAACAAAGUGAGGCAGCCCGCUCCCCUCAAAUAUCAAGAGUUGCAGACACCACAAGGAGCAACAAUACGGACUAUUCCAUCCGCAUCAGUAACAUCAGCCCAGCAGACUCCGGUACCUACUACUGUGUGAAGUUCCAGAGAGGAAGCACUGGUGAAUACGUGGAGCUGAAGGCUGGAGCAGGCACUUGGCUCACUGUGAGUGCCAAACCCUCUCCCCCCGUGGUAUCAGGCCCCACGGGGAGGGCCCCGCCUGGGCAGACAGUGAGCUUCACCUGUGAGUCCCACGGCUUCUCCCCCCAAAACAUCACCCUGAAAUGGUUCAAAGAUGGAAAUGAGCUCCCAGCCUCCCAGACCACAGUGUACCCAGAGGGAGACAGCGCUUCCUACAGCGUCUCCAGCACAGCCAGGGUGGUGCUGGCCCCAGGGGACGUCCAUGCCCAGAUCAUCUGCCAGGUGGACCACGUCAACCUAAAGGGAGGCCCUCCUCUUCGUGGGACUGCCAACUUGUCUGACACCAUCCGAGUUUCACCUACCUUGGAAGUUACCCAACAGCCUUUGUCAUGGAACCAGCUGAAGGUCAUUGCCUGUCAGGUGAAGAAAUUCUACCCCCAGCGCCUACAGCUGACCUGGUUGGAGAACGGAAACUUGUCCCAAAAAGAAACGGCCUCGACCCUCAUAGAGAACAAGGAUGGAACCUUUGACCAGAUCAACUCUUUUCUCAUGAAUUUAUCUCCUCAAAGGGAGGAUGUGGUGCUUACCUGCCAGGUGGAGCACGAUGGGCAGCCAGCGGUCACCAAACACCUUACUCUGGUGACCUCUGACGACCAGAAGGACCAGGAUACAGGUCCAGCGGCACCUGCUGUUAUCUUUGUGGCUGUCCUCCUGGGCUUCAAGAUGCUAUUAGUGAUGAGUUUCACAGUCACCUACAUCUACAGGUGGUGGAAACUCUAACAGCUCCUGCCUGCCCUGCAAUACACUGCCUCCUGCCCUCUCCAAGGGGCUCACGUGGGAAGAAGACUCUGCAAGGACCUAGAGGUUACCCAAGACCCCUGCCCUUCACUCUGCCAGCCCCACCUCCAGAGAGACAUGCUCCCUCCACACACCCUCCUGAUGGUCCUUCUCUCUGAUGGUAAAGCUGAGUCAAGGAUGGACUUUGGUCAUGGGGACUCAGGCAUGUCUGGACCCUGUGCAUUGAGCUUCAAACUGGCCCUGCCUCCACCCAAAAGAGAAUGAAGAAGAUAAGACAACAGGUUUCCAUCCUGCCCUGGUCAUGCACAACCCUUAAUAUUCAAAGCAGAUUUUCCUUUUAUCCAGAACUUUUGCAAGUGUGAUUUUAUUUUAACACAUAUAUGCUUGAAAUCAUCAAGUUGAAUAAAC